AUGCUGCAGCCAGAAUUCUUCUCGAUUCUCCUGCUAAGUAGGAUUGCUACAGGCCUAUCGGAACCAAACAAUAUAUCACAACAUCUGGCAUUAGACCGAGAAAUGAGAUUCCAAGCCCCCCUCCUCCUCAAUCUGGCAGCAAUUGUGUCUGCAGCUCUUACAGCUACUGAAAUCGAAUCCAUCUGUGUGCCUCAAGGCGCUGGUUCUUGCCAGGGCGUCUACGUGUGCACCGACAAAGGACCUGAGAGGACAACGGAAUGCGUGUUCCACGUGUUCGAUAGUCGCUGCGACGCAUUGUCACCUGAGGACCCGUGGCCGGGGGUCCGCGCUGGGGACCAGCUCAACUACAAGGGCCUGAGGGAGCCGAUCGUGAUUCAGAAGGUCAUAGAGGCGCUUGACAGGAACACGCUCCAGGUGGUAUACAGGUAUGGAGAGGGUUGGUAUGGCCAGGACAAGUCGCAGUACGUCAAGGGAGAUUGCUCAGAACGGGGAAGCGAAUGCGUGUUCUUUAGGGCUGCGUUCUAUUGUGGCAUGGGUGUAGACCCGUGA